CGCCAAGCUUGUGCGGGGGAGAGGGACACAGACUCGGUGCGGCUGAGGAACGAGCCGGAGAGUGGCCGGGCUGGAGGCACGGAUGUACAUUUUGAAGAUGAAAAAGGAUAACUUAUGGUUUUACAGAAUAUAAAGAAAUAUUGUCUGACAUGACGGCGAAAAAUAUUGGUGUAACUUCCACAAAUGGAGACCUGAAAGGAUUUAUAGAUCAGAACCGGAGUCCAUCAAAAGGUAACAUUUCAGUAAUUGCAUUACCAGUUUCCAGCACCAAUUCCCCAGCUAAGAUUUUGCCAAAAACCUUAGGACCAGUAAACGUGAAUGUUGGACCCCAAAUGAUCAUAAGCACACCACAAAGACUGACCAAUUCAGGGAGUGUUCUGAUUGGGAGUCCAUACACCCCAGCACCAGCAAUGGUCACUCAGACGCACAUAACAGAAGCCACUGGCUGGAUUCCAGGGGACAGAAAACGGGCCCGGGAAUUUAUAGAAUCUGAUUUUUCGGAAAGUAAAAGAAGCAAAAAAGGAGAUAAAAAUGGAAAGGGUCUGAGGCAUUUUUCAAUGAAAGUAUGUGAAAAAGUCCAGCGUAAAGGAACAACGUCCUACAAUGAAGUAGCUGAUGAACUGGUAUCGGAAUUCACAAAUUCUAAUAGCCACUUGGCUACAGAUUCGCAGGCUUAUGAUCAGAAGAAUAUUAGGCGGAGAGUUUAUGAUGCCCUCAAUGUGCUGAUGGCAAUGAACAUCAUUUCAAAAGAGAAAAAGGAAAUCAAAUGGAUUGGCCUUCCUACAAACUCAGCUCAAGAAUGUCAAAACCUAGAGAUAGAGAAACAGAGACGGCUAGAACGAAUAAAGCAGAAGAGAGCCCAGCUGCAAGAGCUACUAUUGCAGCAAAUAGCAUUCAAAAAUUUGGUACAAAGAAAUCAGCAAAAUGAACAACAGAAUCAAGGUCCUCCAGCUUUGAACUCUACAAUACAGCUCCCUUUCCUAAUAGUUAACACUAGCAAAAGAACUGUUAUAGACUGCAGCAUAUCAAGUGAUAAAUUUGAAUACCUCUUUAAUUUUGAUAACACGUUUGAGAUUCAUGAUGACAUUGAGGUGCUGAAGCGAAUGGGAAUGUCCUUUGGGCUAGAGGCAGGCAAAUGCUCAGCAGAGGAUCUAAGAACUGCAAAAUCAUUGGUGCCAAAAGCUUUAGAAAGCUAUGUCACAGAUAUGGCUACAGGACUUUCAUGGUUGAACCAGGGGUUACUUUUAAAUUCAGCUCAUUCAGUUUCAACUUUAGAAACAGCUGGCGGUACCUCUAUUUCUAAAUCAAGUGGAAAUCCAGGAUUGUGUCUGGAUGCUGAAGUGGCCUUAGCAACUGGACAGUUCCUUGCCCCUGGUAGUCAACAGUCCAGCAGUGCAACAUCACGUUAUUCGGAGUCACGAGGAGAAACCCCAUGCUCAUUCAAUGAUGAAGAUGAUGAUGAUGAUGAUGACGAUUCCUCUUCCCCAGAAUGAA